CUUAGUAGGAACAGUUCUCUCUGUGCGGAGGUCUGAGAAUGAAGUCAGUUUGCUCAAUGCUUGGUCGUCUGAUGGAACCUUUCACCUUUAAUUAAUCAGAACUCCGAUUUUAACAACCCACACCAUUUCCAGUAUUGUUCCAAUUCUGCAGAUUUCAAAAUCUUCCAAAUCCACGAUUAUUUAGAGCAAUUGCAACACUCCAGCUUUAGUCAUGAAGAUUAAUGCUGCUGGUCGCCCGUUUAAAAUGACAUGCCGCCUUGAGUUGUCUUGACUUGUCUCCAUGUAUAAGAAACUUGUGAAUUAAAAGCCAUGCUGUUCUUCUGGGGGCUGCUGUUUCUCUCCUUGUUUCCGGUUGCAAUGGAGAAGGGCAGUGCCAAUCAUAGCAAAACACACCACCACCAGCCCAAAUCUGAGGACAUCAAACAGAAAAGUAGACCAGAAAGUAAAAGAUCUGAUUCAACUAAAACACACCUGACAAAAUCUGAACAACUUCUUAGAAUAGAGGACCAUGAUUUUGCAAUGAGACCUGGAUUUGGAGGAGCAGCAGUAUCUGUUGGUAUAGAUGUCCAGAUUGAAAGCAUUGACAGCAUUUCUGAAGUUGAUAUGGACUUUACAAUGACUUUGUAUCUAAGACACUACUGGAAAGAUAGCAGACUCGCUUUCCCAAGUUCCAACAACAGAAGUAUGACAUUUGAUGGAAGAUUAGUCAAGAAAAUUUGGGUGCCAGAUGUGUUUUUUGUUCACUCCAAAAGAUCUUUCAUACAUGACACAACCAUGGAGAACAUCAUGCUAAGGGUAUAUCCAGAUGGCAACAUCCUAUACAGUUUAAGAACUACAGUUACUGCCAUGUGUUCAAUGGAUUUUAGCAGCUUUCCCCUUGAUACUCAGAACUGCUCACUGGAGCUUGAAAGUUAUGCUUACAAUGAAAAAGAUCUAAUGCUCCAUUGGAAGAAUGAAAAGGAACCACUGAAGACAGAUGAACAGAUUUUACUUGCUCAGUUUUUCAUACAAGAAUUUCGUGCAUCAAGUGGACUUGCAUUUUAUAGCAGCACUGGUUGGUACAACAGAUUGUUCAUUAAUUUCAUCCUGAGGAGACACAUUUUCUUUUUUCUUUUACAAACCUACUUUCCAACCAUGUUAAUGGUCAUGUUAUCUUGGGUUUCCUUUUGGAUUGACAGAAGAGCAGUCCCGGCUCGGGUUUCACUGGGAAUAACGAUUGUUUUAACAAUGUCAACAAUUAUAACUGGAGUGAAUGCGUCAAUGCCUCGAGUCUCAUACGUUAAAGCUGUGGAUAUCUACCUCUGGGUCAGCUUCCUCUUUGUCUUCCUUUCUAUAAUUGAAUAUGCAGCUGUAAACUAUCUAACCACUAUUGAAGAAAGGAAAAGAAUGAAACAGAGAGAGAAGUUUUCAGAUUCCUUUAGGUUGAAUCAGACGCAAACUAUGGCUUUUGAUGGCUGCUACCAUGAUAGUCAGCUGGAUCUGUCAGACUACGCUGAAGCCCGUUUAAGUGUAGCAAACACUGAAGCCAGAGAACGUGUAUCCUGUUCAAAUCCGGAUGGUCAACAGUUGAGAAGAAAGAGAUCUAUUAAGGGGAAUGUCACUGCAGUUAUGAUAAAAAAUAAUCAUGUUAUUGAUACUUACUCAAGGGUUUUAUUUCCUACAGCAUUUAUUCUUUUUAAUUUUAUUUAUUGGUGCUUAUUUUCAUAAAUGUUGCUCAUUUUCAACCUUUCCAACCUUUCUAAUUUUUCUUAAUUUAGGGGAGAUGGUGGUUUAGUGGUAAUAUCACUGGACUAGGGAUCAAGCAAAGCCUAGGCUAACACCCAGGACCAUGGGUUCAAAUCCCAUCACAGUAGUUGGUGGAAUUUCAAUUCAAUCAAUAAAAACAUAUUGGAUGUUAAGCUAAUCUCAGUAAUGUUGUCUAUGACAGCUAUCAUAAAUUAUUAUUUAAUAUAAAAUUAAAUAUAAUAUAAAUUAUUGUUUAAAAACCUGUCUGGUUCUGUGACACCCUUUAGCAAAGGAAAUCUGCUGUCCUUACCCUGUCUGGUCUGCAGUAAAUUUGAUUAACUUUUAACUGGCCUCUGAAAUGGUCAACAAGAUAUUUCCAUUCAAGGAUAAUUAGGGAUGGAAAAAAAAUGCUGGCCUUAUCAGAGAGAGCCACUUCCAGUGAAAGAAUAUGGAAAAAAAACAGUGAGCCUAAAAUUUGGGUCAUGUAGUGCCCAUUUUUCACAUGCUACACUAGUCUCUUAAGGCUGGGCAGCCAUUGAAUGUUAACUUGAACUAACGAUGGAUUUCAUUGAAAGGAAGUAACAGUUGAUUUACAGGUGAUGUGGAGUUUAAGGACAUUUCAUAGUUUAUUGGAUACUGCCACAAUUUUACUUUUUUCGUAAGAUCUGAGCUUGAAUAUUACAGAACACAUUGAAAAUAAAGUAUCAACAAAUAUAUAAAACUUGAAUGUAGCUUGGAGUACAAGUGAAACAAAUAAUUACUAAUUUUUAAAUCUAACAAACAAAAUGCUGACAUCCUCAUACUGGGGAAAUAAAACUGAAUCUAAUUUCAGCCUGAACUGUAUUGUA